AAUUUACAAGUCAUCGACAUUUACACCACCAACAACUACACAAUGGCUCAGACUCUUGAGGACAAAUCCAUAUGGGAAGAUGGGGAGGAGUCUUUGGGCGAAGACGUGAUGCGUAUGUCCACGGAUGAAAUUGUUAGCCGGACUCGCUUGCUGGACAACGAGAUUAAAAUUAUGAAAAGCGAAGUGAUGCGUAUUACCCAUGAAAUACAAGCCCAAAAUGAGAAAAUUAAGGACAAUACGGAGAAGAUAAAGGUUAACAAAACAUUGCCCUAUCUGGUGUCUAAUGUCAUAGAGCUGUUGGAUGUGGAUCCACAGGAGGAGGAGGACGAUGGUUCGGUUACCGUGCUGGAUAAUCAGCGUAAAGGUAAAUGCGCCGUGAUUAAGACAUCUACACGGCAAGCAUACUUUUUGCCUGUCAUUGGCUUGGUCGAUGCAGAGAAACUCAAGCCCGGCGAUCUGGUGGGCGUCAACAAGGAUUCAUAUUUAAUUUUGGAAACGCUGCCAGCUGAGUACGAUGCUCGUGUUAAGGCCAUGGAAGUGGAUGAACGACCCACAGAGCAAUAUUCUGAUAUUGGUGGUCUGGAUAAACAGAUCCAAGAGCUUAUUGAAGCUGUGGUGCUGCCCAUGACACAUAAGGAAAAGUUCAAGAAUUUGGGCAUACAUCCCCCCAAGGGUGUCCUGCUGUAUGGUCCUCCGGGUACUGGCAAAACAUUGCUGGCUCGUGCUUGCGCUGCCCAGACCAAAUCCACCUUCCUCAAGCUGGCCGGCCCUCAGCUGGUUCAGAUGUUCAUCGGCGAUGGCGCCAAACUGGUACGUGAUGCUUUCGCCUUGGCUAAGGAAAAGGCGCCGGCCAUCAUUUUCAUUGAUGAACUGGAUGCCAUUGGUACAAAACGUUUCGAUUCCGAAAAAGCUGGCGAUCGUGAAGUCCAGCGUACUAUGUUGGAGCUACUUAACCAGUUGGAUGGCUUUAGUUCAACAGCCGACAUUAAGGUUAUAGCUGCUACCAAUCGUGUCGAUAUCCUGGAUCCAGCCUUGUUGCGUUCAGGACGCUUGGAUCGUAAGAUUGAGUUCCCCCAUCCCAAUGAGGAGGCCAGGGCCCGCAUUAUGCAAAUCCAUUCGAGAAAAAUGAACGUUAGCACCGAUGUCAAUUUCGAGGAGCUCUCCCGCUCCACCGAUGACUUCAAUGGUGCUCAAUGCAAAGCGGUUUGUGUGGAAGCCGGCAUGAUUGCGCUACGCCGUUCGGCCACAUCGGUGACACAUGAGGAUUUCAUGGACGCCAUUAUGGAAGUACAGGCCAAGAAGAAAGCUAAUCUUAACUACUAUGCUUAAGUUUCGAAAUUUGUUCGCCUACAAAUAAAAACAAAAAAACUAUCAA